CAUCAUUCAAAAAUGUCCACCUGCAGUGGUGAGUUUGACAAACUCAGUCCAAAUAUUGUUUCGUGCUGUGCCGAGAUAAAACGCAAAACGGAGGAAUUGAAUAUUUUGAAACGCAAAUGCAAAGAAUACGAGAAAGAUAUAUCCGACAUGACAGCUAAAUGGUUACAGGCUAAGACAGAUUGGACACAUUUGGACAGUAUAAUGAAUGUGCUAUCGGGAACAAUGUGCCAUAAUAAUAAUAAUAAUAAUAAUAAUAAUAAUAAUAAUAAUAAUAAUAAUAACAAUAAGAAAAAUGACACGGAUGUUGUGACAAGUAAUGACGAUGACAGCAUUAAUCUUCCGACGACAUUUAUUAUAAAACAAGAAUCGAAUACCGUUCCUACAUCUAUUACGAUCGACGAUGAAAAUUAUUCCAAUGGAGAAAUCACCAAAGAACAAUUAUUGAAUGUUAAUUAUAGUAACAGUAUGAAGAAAAAAAGUGAUGAUAAUGACGGUGGUGCUGGUGAUGAUUGUAGUAAUGUCGGUGAUGACGAAUCUACGUCUAAAAAAUUCAGAUAUGAUGGUAUUAAGAUGGUUGUUGGAGAUAAUAAUGAUGAUGAAUAUUUCAUUGAACCUCGUAUAAUAAUCGAUGACUCUGAUAUACCGAACCUUAUUCCGAGCGUUGCUAUGUGGCUACCGAGUGAAGUGCAGCAACAACGUCAAUCAUGGUUAUCGGACAAGAUAUACAUCGCUACGGUGGAUACUAAACACUACAUAAAAAUGUUGUGUAGUGAGAAUACGAGAUCAAAUUAUAUGAAGACUUGUGUGUACAAUACCGUGCUGAAACGUCGGACAGAUAUACCCAGUCGUUAUCCAUAUUUGCAAUCGAUUCAAAAUGUAAAGGGAUAUAUCUAUAGUGUUCAUUUGGGCGACGACAGUCAGCGAAAACUCGUCGAAACAAAAACGAAACAAUAUUUAUUACCUAUAUUUAUGACUAAUAAAAAAUUUUACAAUAUUUUGCAAAUACACAAAAAAAGAAAAAAUAUGAUGUUUAAAAAAAUUACGAGUAUUCCGACGUUCGAUCGUAGACGCGAGUCUACAUUAAUUUACAAUCAAACAAAAAAUAUUUUUCUUUAUAUUCCAGAUCGAUACUGCGAAAUUUUUAAAAUUGUAUCGUAUGUUCGUGACAGUGACAGUGAUAAUUAUAUUGAUGGAGACAGAAUAAAACAUCAUCAUUACAUCGUAUCUGGGUGUGAUGAGAAUGAUCGAUACAAUAUUUGCGUUGACAAUAAUAUUGUGACAAAUAAUAUUUUGGCUGUAAAUAAUUUUGUAGUUGUCACGUUUAGCAAUAUCAAUGACGAUGAAAAACGUUUGAUCGAUCCUGUAGUGGAAAAAAUAUGCACUGAUACGAUCAGUAGCAAUAUGUUGUAUUCGCGUUAUCGUUUUUAAUUUUGUUUUUAAUAAAUCUUUACAAUACGAUUCAUAAAUAUAUUCAAAUGUUACUGCAUAUUUUUUAUUCGUUUAUUCAUUUGUCUGUCGAAUAUGAUUCAAUAUUACAAAAUUUUUUUGAGUCAUCAUAACGUUCUCGAUAUAUAUUCGUAGUAACGAUGGUUUUUGAGUGCGUAAACCAGACAUGCGAGGAAUAUAUGUUUCGAUUGUAUUUAUUAACGAUAAAUCGCAAAUUUUGGCGUAAUCGUCACGUGCGUAACAACACCAAGUACGUAACAUCGGUAGCAAUAAAAUGUUUUCAUUGAUCAAUUGAACAUGUUGAUUUUUUUCGAAUUGAAUCGUAAAAUGUUUCUUAGCGGUAAUGGAA